GAGGUUUUACAGAGUUUACGGCAGUGGCCCAAGAGCUUUCGACCUGUCGCAGUCAAACUACAAAUCUACAUGCCAGAGGUUUGUUGAGAAAUACAAUGAACUGAAGGAAGAAGGAAAAAUUGAAGAGGAGAAAUUGUUUGAAGAAACAGGAAAAGCCCUUUUGGCCAGUGGCAUAUUUCUGCAGAGAAAAGGAACAGAUAAAGUAGCACACCAGGAUCAUCAGGAUGCUGAAACCAGGAAUUCUGUAUUACACCCGCAUCUCCAAGCUGGGUUGGAAGAGACGCAGGAGAAGAAGAAGGAUCAGGAGGAGCGGAUACCAGAGCCAGCAGAAAAGCAGAAGGAGAACCCCUUGUCUUCCUAA